AUGGGUGAAUACAUAAAGUAUCAAUUAUGUAAGAAGUUUUGGGGCUACUAUAAGAAAGGAGGUAGAAAAGGAGAGAGAGAGAGAGAGAGAGCGCGUGCUGGCGGGCGGGCCACGUGUGGGAAUGUUCCCGUUCCCACGGUAGUGGCCCACCUGGCAGUGCGCACGUCUUGUGCAUUGCUGCGGUGCAUGUCGCCUAUCGAUUGCCGAGGUAAUGAACAUGAUUGA